AUGAGCGAGGCGGCGGAAGCAGCGGCCCUGGAGCGGCUCAUUGACCGCGAGGACGAUUUGGACUCGGAGGACCUCGACCGGCUAGAGGACGAGGCAGAGCAGGAGAUGCUUGCGGACAUGGAGCGAGAGGGUCUUGAUACGGCGUCGCCGGCGGCGAGCACGGAGGGCGCCCCUGACGACGCGGACGACUCGUACGAGUACGGGCCGAUGACGCCCGACGACGUGCGCGGCAUUAUUGUGGACCUACGAAAGUACGGCAUGAUGGAGUGCCUGCGGCGCCAUGUCCUGCCUGAGCCAUCCAAUCCGCGCUCGAUGCUUGACGUCGCCGAGUCGGAGCCCUAUUCGCUUCUCCCUGUCCUCAAGAUGGUCCUGACGCGGAUUCUGCGGCAGCGGCAGAAACUGCCGCAGUACAACACCGUCGACGAUGUCCUCGACCUGCUGCGCCGCUCGACGCGCAUCCUGGUCCUGUGUGGCGCUGGCAUUUCCGUGUCGUGUGGGAUCCCCGACUUUCGCUCCAAGGAUGGCCUCUAUGCCAUUCUCGCCAAGGAGAACCAGUAUGACCUGGACGAUCCGUCCGAUAUGUUCGACAAGGACACGUUCCUGCGGGAUCCGUCCAUGUUCUACUCGUUUGCCCAUUCGAUCUACCCCGCGCACUUUCAGCCGUCGCCGUCGCACCGCUUUGUGCGCAAGCUCGAGACGCAAGGCAAGCUCCUGCGCAUGUACUCGCAGAAUAUCGACACACUCGAGCAGAAGGCCGGUAUUCAGCGCGUCAUCCAGUGCCAUGGAUCGUUCGCGACGGCUACGUGCACGGAUCCUCGCUGUGGCUAUCAUACGAGCGGCGAGAGCAUCCGCGCCGACAUCCUGGCGAAGCGGGUGCCAUCGUGUCCGCGGUGCGACGAGCGGCGCGAGCGCGAGCGCGCCAUGGCGAAGCGGCGGAAGACGGAGUCGGACGACGAGGACGACGACCUUGCGUAUGGCAUUAUGAAGCCGGACAUUACCUUCUUUGGUGAAAAGGUGCGCGUGCUCGCUAACGAAAAGUUACCGGAUGCGUUUGAGCAAAGUAGGUGGCUGCUACUUACGCAGGCGUCUGGGCCGAUCGAGACCAGGUCGACCUCAUCUUGGUCAUGGGCACGUCGCUGA